AUGAAUGCCAGAUCGAUAUCAUUUUGGCGGUUAGUGGCGCCCAUCACCAUUAUCUGGCCAUUUGAAAGGAGACCAUCCCACAAGGUCAUGAAUUCCGCUUUCAACAACGCACUCACCUCAUGGUCAGCCGAAGAGCGGUCUCUUAGGAAAGAAUCAAUCUCGUCAAUGAAAAUGAUACACGGCUGCAAUUUGUUGGCCAAAGAAAAAAUCGCGUCGACUAUUUUAUUGGACUCUCCAUACCACUUGUCCAUGACAGUCAGCAUACGAAUCAGUAGGAAAAAUGCUCCACUCUCUUUGGCAAUCGCUUUUGCCAACAUUGUCUUUCCACAGCCAGGAGGUCCAUAA